AUGGAGAGUGAAGUGUUGAGGUCGUCCUCCACCUGUGUGUUGGUCAGUGUUGAGGUCGUCCUCCACCUGCGUGCCACCUACCAGCCCUCGUCCUCCACCUGCGUGCCACCUACCAGCCCUCGUCCUCCACCUGCGUGCCACCUACCAGCCCUCGUCCUCCACCUGCGUGCCACCUACCAGCCGUCGUUCUCCACCUGCGUGCCACCUACCAGCCGUCGUCCUCCACCUGCGUGCCACCUACCAGCCGUCGUCCUCCACCUGCGUGCCACCUACCAGCCGUCGUCCUCCACCUGCGUGCCACCUACCAGCCGUCGUCCUCCACCUGCGUGCCACCUACCAGCCCUCGUCCUCCACCUGCGUGCCACCUACCAGCCCUCGUCCUCCACCUGCGUGCCACCUACCAGCCGUCGUCCUCCACCUGCGUGCCACCUACCAGCCGUCGUCCUCCACCUGCGUGCCACCUACCAGCCCUCGUCCUCCACCUGCGUGCCACCUACCAGCCCUCGUCCUCCACCUGCGUGCCACCUACCAGCCGUCGUCCUCCGCCUGCGUGCCACCUACCAGCCCUCGUCCUCCACCUGCGUGCCACCUACCAGCCCUCGUCCUCCACCUGCGUGCCACCUACCAGCCCUCGUCCUCCACCUGCGUGCCACCUACCAGCCCUCGUCCUCCACCUGCGUGCCACCUACCAGCCCUCGUCCUCCACCUGCGUGCCACCUACCAGCCGUCGUCCUCCACCUGCGUGCCACCUACCAGCCCUCGUCCUCCACCUGCGUUCCACCUACCAGCCCUCGUCCUCCACCUGCGUGCCACCUACCAGCCGUCGUCCUCCACCUGCGUGCCACCUACCAGCCGUCGUCCUCCACCUGCGUGCCACCUACCAGCCCUCGUCCUCCACCUGCGUGCCACCUACCAGCCCUCGUCCUCCACCUGCGUGCCACCUACCAGCCCUCGUCCUCCACCUGCGUGCCACCUACCAGCCGUCGUCCUCCGCCUGCGUGCCACCUACCAGCCCUCGUCCUCCACCUGCGUGCCACCUACCAGCCCUCGUCCUCCACCUGCGUGCCACCUACCAGCCCUCGUCCUCCACCUGCGUGCCACCUACCAGCCCUCGUCCUCCACCUGCGUGCCACCUACCAGCCCUCGUCCUCCACCUGCGUGCCACCUACCAGCCCUCGUCCUCCACCUGCGUGCCACCUACCAGCCGUCGUCCUCCGCCUGCGUGCCACCUACCAGCCCUCGUCCUCCACCUGCGUGCCACCUACCAGCCCUCGUCCUCCACCUGCGUGCCACCUACCAGCCCUCGUCCUCCACCUGCGUGCCACCUACCAGCCCUCGUCCUCCACCUGCGUGCCACCUACCAGCCCUCGUCCUCCACCUGCGUGCCACCUACCAGCCGUCGUCCUCCGCCUGCGUGCCACCUACCAGCCCUCGUCCUCCACCUGCGUGCCACCUACCAGCCCUCGUCCUCCACCUGCGUGCCACCUACCAGCCCUCGUCCUCCACCUGCGUGCCACCUACCAGCCCUCGUCCUCCACCUGCGUGCCACCUACCAGCCCUCGUCCUCCACCUGCGUGCCACCUACCAGCCGUCGUCCUCCGCCUGCGUGCCACCUACCAGCCCUCGUCCUCCACCUGCGUGCCACCUACCAGCCCUCGUCCUCCACCUGCGUGCCACCUACCAGCCCUCGUCCUCCACCUGCGUGCCACCUACCAGCCCUCGUCCUCCACCUGCGUGCCACCUACCAGCCGUCGUCCUCCGCCUCAGUGCAGCGUCACCAGCACACAGUGUGAGGACUGA